AUGAUGGAAACGACAAUCUUCUCGAAGGUCGGCGGUGAUGUGACGCUCGCGACCCCGGCUGCGGCUGCUGGCACACGAGUCUUGCCUCUGUAUCCUGGGGCGGACAAUGUCGAGGCCGGACUCUUCGGAAAAGUCAACGGCUUCCUCGUCCAUGACGGAGUCGAGGCUGCCAGAGAGCUGAGGAAUGUCGGGUAUCCUGGCGUCGGCGGUGAUCUCGCGGGGAAGGCUGGUGGCAGUGAAGGCGGGAGUCUGCUCGUCUGUCGCGCAGCAGAAGGUCUCGCGGUUCCAGAGACGCCAGCUGAUGUUCUCUAGCCUGCGACCCUGCUCGAGGG